CUGUAAAACUGAAGCCAAGGGUUGAAAAACCUAAACUGCCUGUGUUUUGUGGGGAUGUUCGGGAAUACUGGACGUUCAGAGAAGAUUUCAAACACAUGGUGGACCCAUUGUAUGAUCCCAGAGAUGCUGUGUCAAUAUUGAGGACAAGUUUGAUGGGUAAACCCUUAGACAUGUUAAAGGGGAUCGGAACUGACUAUGCUGCCUGCUGGGAGUACCUAGACCUAUAUUACGGAGAUCCAAGAAUAAUCUCAGAUGCCAUAACCCAGGACAUUACUAAAUUCAGAGGGUUAAGAGAAGGAGAAGAUGGUCGAUUUUGUGAGCUCACCCAUCUUGUCAGAAGAUGCCACAACAUAUUAAAGCAAG